GAAAUUUCAUUUGCAUAUAUUUACAUGGUCAGCCAUAUUGUUUCAAUACACAUUUUGUUUUGCUGAUACUAUAAAGCUAUUUACUCAUAGGAGAAUCUUUAAAAUAUUUUUUGUGCUACGGUGUCGGUAUGGAUAAACUGUUAUUUUAUUUAUCGUGUACGAUUUUGCUUGGAUUAUCUCGAUCGACCUCAGAGCCCAAUGCAUAUGCUCCAGAGAUAAUCUCCACGUUACAAAACAGCCGGGACAUCCCGCUGUUUCGGGGCUCGAUUCAGGAGGAUGAGACUACUGUUCAUCUAGAGCCACAGCUGUUUGCUCGUGACAACGACACAGUGGGGGCUGCAAGACUUAUAUGCAGAUAUGAGAUUGUAGCCAACAGAAAGAACAUUCCAUUUGAGAUUGAGCUGAAAAAUCGUGAAACAGGCGAGGGGGUGCUGAAAGUUCGGGAAGGUGAACAUCUCAACUUUGAGAAACGGAAACACUACAAGUUCAACAUAUUCGCCUAUGACUGUGUUGAUCCCCCUUACUCAAAGAGAUCAAAUAGAGCGGUUGUCACUGUGAAGGUGCUAGAUGUUGAUAAAUUUGCUCCCGUGUUUGACAAGACAACAUACAGCGCCGAUCUCCUUGAGGGAACAGUGUCAUCCAACAUUAUCCAGGUUCACGCACACGAUGACGAUCGAUCACCCGAGAACAGCGGAAUCUGUGGAUACGACAUUGUUAGUGAUGAUGCGCCGUUUUUGAUAACAAAUGAUGGUAUUCUCCAGAACACGAAGUCAGUGUACCAUACAGAUCACUACAGUUUCAUCUUGAAGAUCCGUGCACGAGAUUGCCGGGGAAUGGUGUCAGAGCCAGCCUACAUUAACAUCAUGGUGAAGGAAAAAUGCAGAAAUGGAUGGACAGAUUUCCCGGACCACAUAGAGUACACGCCUGGUACUGGUCGACACACGCUGACAGACUCCGCCCACUUACAGGUGUGCGAGGAGAGCUGUACGGUGGACCGAGUCACUGUUAAAAUGACCCUACAGACUAAACACAUCGGCAAGGGAUGCGAUCGUGACACAUACAGCAUUAUCUCACAGAGAAAACUCUGUGGUGCAAGUGAUGGCAGUGUGGACCUACUGCCGGCCCCUACCUUGACGUCCAAUUGGACGAAUGCCAUCCCGACUGACGAUGGAAAUGAUGGGGACAAGAUAUAUGCCUUUGACGGGGAAACAAACCAUGUCGUUGUCCCAGAGGGGCAUGUGGAUCACACGCUGCGGGAACAUUUCACCAUCUCCACGUGGAUGAAACACUCACCAUCUGACGGCACACACACGAAACACACACACAGUGGCAAGGAACAUCUCCUGUGCAUGUCCGACGGAGAUGGUAUGAGCCGGCAUCACUACGCAUUGUUCAUCCACAAUGGGAAGCUGGUGUUUGUGCUGCGUCGUGAGAGUGCCAAGGAAUCGGACCUGGAGGUGUUUAAGCCAGCAGAGUGGCGCUGGAAGAUUAGUGAGGUGGACGACGGACAGUGGCACCAUUACGCUUUCACCAUGAACUUCCCCGAGCUGCACCUGUAUGUUGAUGGGAAGCUAGUGGAGGCAACCCAGGACAACUUUGAGAUUCUAGAUGACUGGCCGCUACAUCCAACCGACCGUGUUCACUUUACGAAACUUGUUGUGGGAGCCUGCUGGAAAGGCCUAGAUGAGACGUACGUAGACCAUUUCCAUGGGUUUGUGGCCGGGCUAUCUCUGCUCAAGGACCGGACGGAGAGUGAACGGGUGAUCCAGUGUCUCAACAACUGCCAGGAAAACCUCGACUUUACCGACCUCGAGGAUAUGCCCAGUGGAACUUCUGUGAGUUUUAACAGUGAUAUGACAGAGUUCAGCAUCACAGGCAGGAAUGCGUCUGAUGUAGAAAUGUUGGUACGGAAAGUGGCAUAUGUCAACAAUCGCAACUUCCCCACACCUGGCCGCAGAAACCUUAACAUCCGGACCAGUGUUCACUGUGGGCAGAUUGAGGAGAUUCUACCCCUGAAAGAGUCGUACAUCUUUGUGGAGCACUCAAGCAAGCCAGUAAUCACGGUGACUGGGAAAAAUCUGGUGCUGGGUCAUCAGUCAGAGCUCGACACAGGUCUACCAGUGUUUAAGGAUGUGAGUAUCCAUGUGGACUUCAUGUUGGCGAGCAACUCGGUGGAGGACAGUGAGGACGAGAGCGAAGAGAUUGGCAACGACACCUCCGACAUGCAUGAUGCUGAUGCCAACACAUCUUUAUUAGACAAUAAGAUUCCAGCAGUUGAUGACAGUGUGGACUCCUCCAGCACAAAAAUAUUGCUUGACAUGUGUACAGUGCGUGCAGAGCCUGUCCUAGACUUCUAUGUAGAACACCUUGAGCUGCCCAAGGACGACAUUAAGACAUUCAACAUGAAGCUCGAGGGCAUUGAGACCGCUGCGGGGCUUGUUAUUCUCAAUGCUGACACUAUUGAAAACUAUAUGACAGUGUUACACGACAUUCGCUACAUCCACACGCAGGCAGGUGACCUCUACAUGCGCAAGUUUGUCAUCUCAUGCUCCUCACAGAGUGGACGAUUUGUCAGCAAUGAAUUUGAAAUUAAUGUUGGUGCCCGACAGGUGGAAGAAGAGCCAAGGGUGGUGCCCGUGGCAAACAUCCAGAAUUCUGGUGCCCAACAAAGCAUUGUGGAGCCCAAGUUUCAGAACCACUUGGCAGGAGCUGCAGGCACAAACUUUGGUAUGGUAGCAAUCAUUGUUGUGUGUGUCGGGUUCCUGCUGUUUAUGAUUGUGCUGGGCGUGUUACGUAUCCGGGCAGCCCACCACCAUCGACGGGUGCCCACAAAUGAUAACGGCCAGGAGAUGGAGUGGGACAACUCUGAACUGAAUAUAAUUGUAAACCCCAUUGAUCAGGAGUUAUUUGAAUAUGAGGAACACCCUCAUAAAGCCACGUUACCUGAUGACAGCGACACAGACGACGAUAUCAGUGAGUGUUUCCAAGAUGACGAGGAUAAUGACUCUUCAGAAGAGGAGAUGGAAACGGCAGUUAAAACACUCGAGUGGGACGACUCGGCGUAUUAGUGCAGCGAUGCCACAUGUCUCAUUGUUUUUCAUCAACUGUUAUAUUUUAUAUGUGACAUUGUCAGCGAAAAUGUGUCUUGUGAAGGAAGUCACAUUAAUGAGAAAAGAAAUACACCAAGAUUUAUUUGUAUUAUAAGUUUGAUGAAAAAACUGUAAACAUAAGAAUGAGUAGGUGUAUAUUUGAAUUACACUGUCAUUUUGUAAAUACAUGUGUAACUACAACUGUUUGCCUAUUAAACACCAUAUUAGAACGAAAAUCUCAUUGUUUCCUUCAUAGGAGCCAUUUUUGCACCCCAUGUCACAGACUUGUACUUGUCAAUGUAUGUCAGUAAAUGGAUUUGCUUUGCAAACAGUUUUUGAAUCUGUCUAAGAAAUGAACAUUUAAAUGCCUUCUUAUGUUUUAAUAAGAUGUGAUCAACCAUGACCAUUUAUUGGUUUAUACAUAAGGACAUAUUUUGAGAUCAAUAUAAGUAGGACAUAAUGUUUUUAUUUUGAAAAAAAAAAAAACUUAUAAAGUACAACACAUGGAUUUAGGCCUUAUUAUAUCCAUGCUUUCAAAACUUAAAAGCAAUUUAGACAGCAAAAGUUUUGAUAACAUAUUUGUAACCAUUUGACCAUUUGCACUGCAAAUUACUUUACCAUGUUCAGAACACUUGUCUGUAUUGAAUGCUUGUAUUUUAUCAAGUUCAUCCAUUAUGAAUGAAGCAUAAUGAAAAUAUGUUGCAAAAUCUAAAGAGUAUAUCAAAACUGCAGUGUAUAAACAGCUAGAUUGUCAAUGCAUUAUUAUAUACUUGCAUUAGCAUAUAUAUUUGUUCAUAACUGAAAAUUGUAUCAUAUUUUUGGACAUUAAAGGAACUUUUUGCUGUCACUAUUUUGAAGUGCAUUUUAUACUAGUGUUUUUGUAUCAUGCACUUUACAAUGGAAUCCUUUUGUCACAGAUUGUAUCAUAUGAUAACUUUUUCCAAUCAGUUUCCCUGAGUAGUAAUUAUAUAUAUUAUAUAUAUUUUAAAACAAAUUGGAAUAAUGAAUUUGUAAGACAGAGCUUUUGAAUUAGUAAGUCAAACUUACCAAAACAUUUGUGAUAACACCAGAAUAUCACACGGAAUCUCUUGAUCAUGCAAUAUGUUGUCAUCCCUUUGCUCCAAUGUUCAAUUGAUUGCUAAAAAUGAUUGUGCAGCAGUUGUAAGUACACAUUGGUUUGAAUUUAAAACAACUUCUCAAUUAUGAAGAUUGUUUUAAUAUUACGGCUGUUGUUAUCAGGGAUUGUAUAUGGAUUGUGUUUUCUAACAGAUGUUUGAUGUCCAUAAAGGUAUCUUGUUUUGCCUCUAUCUGAUUAAUAUUUCAAACACACUUUCAAUGAUGAAAGAUGUAUUUCCCUUUAGUCAGUUAUAAGAUUAGUAAUUUGUCAAGUGGAAUAUAAAGUGAAUAUUAUAUUGUUAUCAAUAUUUAUAAUGAAAGAAAGGGCUUUUAUUCAAUGAACAAAUAUAUGAAUUAUAUAAGUGUUCAAAUAAGUUUGUGAUUUGCAUGAUAAUAUAUUAAUAGAAAUGUUUGUACAUGUUUGCCUUUUCUUAACACCGCCAGUCUCAAAUGAGAGCAGAGUUGUUUGUUUGGUAUUAUUUUACAAUGACUUGAUUAGUUUUCUCCCGAGUUUUUUUUGUUGUAAGGAGAAACGGAUCAAGGGGCAGGUUUAUUCAUAGAUGCAUAGAUGAAAAAGGGAUUUGAAAGUGCAACACUACAAAACCAAUCACUUUUCAAACAGCGAUGUCUUUCUGUAAAAAGCAGAGUACAUUUAUGUUCCUCUCUUCUUUUAUGAAUUUUCCACAAAAUGACUUGUGUAACUUCACCCACUGUCUUGAAAGUUUCUGACGAGAAGUAAUAAUAAAGUGUAGCGAGGUGCAUUUCAUGUACAAAAAAAAAUAAUUGUCACUUAUAUAUUACAGAGGUGAAUUAAGAAAUAUUGAUUGUUCUAUGACUGUUCUCGAAGAUGCAUCUAUGUUGAAAUGCUGUUGUUAUCUAUGAUUUACUACUGUAUGAAUAUGUGUUAUGAUGCUUCAUCGUUCUGGUUGUUUUCACUUAAUUUUUUAUGUUCACAUUGAUGUGACUUGAUGGCACUGCAUGUUGUGAAACUAGCAUUUAACCUUGAAAUACAGCCAGGUGCAUAUUUUCAACUUCAGACUAUAAACUGAAUUGUGUAACCUACAUAUACGUAUGAAAUAAUUAUUUAGAUUUCUAGGAAAUCAGAUUGUUAAAUCUUUAAGAAAACAGUUUGUCGUGAUAAUUUAGAAUUACAAAUAUUCACUUUUACCAAAUGAAAUAAAUAUAUGAACUUCUAAACAUUCUGAAAGUUCACCAUAUUUCAUAUUCAUUUUUAACUGUAGUUAAACUAAAUCUUAUAGGUAUUUGGAAUAAUAAGUUCAAAUUUUAACACAUGUUUACUUUAUUUGUAUCUAUUAAAGGUAUUUUACUUGUAUUGAUUGGAGGCAUAUAGUUUAAUGCAGUAACGGGUUUUAUAGCUACUUAUUUAUUUAUUUGACAUUCCAAUUUUGUUACAGAUGUUUUAUUUACCUGAUUUAUGCUGUUUCAGAAGUCUCAAAUUAUAAAUUCAAAUGCAAUAUAACUUUACAUUCCCUCUCCUUAAUUUUCAUAUGAAAACUCAAUAUAAGAUAUAAUCUUUAAACAGUGAUCCCAUAAACAACAUAAUUUAUGAAGUUGACUGGUGAAAAGAAUAUUGAUUAUCUAUAAAUUUUGCCAGCUUUUAAUCUAUAUGCAGGUCAAAGAGUGGGCACUCUGGCAGUUCAGUAAACUGUAAGUCAAAGAUAAGGCACCAAAGCCAUUCUCUUAACUAUUGUUAAAUGACACAUGAAUGUAGCUCUAUCAAAAUUAUUUCAAAAGAUGUCAAAGAAAAUAUGAAGAUAUCUUCUGGUAAAUGGAUGAAUUUUUUCCAUGAUGAUCUAGUGCUGUAUACUGCCAUUAUUUUACAUCGCUUAUCAGCUGAAUUCAUCUCAAUCAUCCUUUUGUAAUCAUGUAUCAUAUUCCUACACACUUGGUGAAAAAGGCAUUUAGAGGAGUUUCUUUGUUCCUUGCAUAAUAUAUAUGUGUUUUUUUUUCUCUUUCAAUUAUGAGGAAUAUUGUUAAAUAUAUUAUUAGAUUAUAAUGGUUUCUAUCAUUUGAAAAGUUGUUUGAUUGAGUUUUUUAUUAAGAAAGAUUUUUUAAUGUUUUGAUUAUAUGAAUUGAAUUGAUACGAUGUUAAACUUUUGUGGUUGGCAUAAAUCAAUUAUUUUUUUAUUUCACAUUGAGUGAAUAUUCCAGGAUGUGGAUGCAUGUCUCCAAGUAUGUGGAAAUAUGUUUGUCAUCCUGACUAUGUCAUAUCAAUCAUCAAUGUACAAACUUCAUUGUCGAUGCCAUGUGUUUUAAUUGUUAACUCUGUGUUGUGAUAGAAAAUAGCUUUCCUCGCAAUUUACAUGAACACAUCCUAAGUUUACUGUUAUUCGUUAUCAUACUUUGUAAUAUAAGGUUUAAUUGAUAUAUUGCAGUCGUAAAAUUAUAAUCUAAUUCAACUUUACAAAAGCAAGCCUUGCACAACUUUUUUUUAAAUUUUUAAAGCUUUUUGGAACUUUUGUAUAAAGAUUUUUUUCUUUGAAAUGUAUAUACCGUAUACAGAAACUCUAUUUACAUUUACUGUGUUUAUUGUGUUUUUCUUGUAUUAACAUUAUAAUUGUGAAAUGACUGUGUAUUAUUGGUGUUCCCACAAAUCACUAUCCUUAACAUGGAUGACUUAUUUAAUGAUAACUGUUUUCCUCUUUAUACUGAUAACUGCAAUAUCCAGACUCCUGGUUUUAAGCCACCUUAUGGUUGUUAUUGAUUUCUAUAUUUCUACCAAAACAAUUCAGUUGUGAGUGUUGUCUUGUCUUCCUUUGUUAGUUCAAUAAAACACAAAGAUAAAAGUC